AUGUCCAGCCAUAUACUGACAGAGAAAACUGGAAAUGUUUUCUGGAUUCGCUUCAACCGUCCUGACAAAUACAAUGCAAUUACCUCCAAGAUGUACAAGGCCUUGAUUCAUGCAUUCGAGGAAGCGGAAAACGACGAUGAAGUGUUCAUUACAGUAUUAACAGGUUCUGGAGCGUUUUAUUGCGCUGGCAGUGACUUCUCUUCCACCGAACUUCAAAACUCCGGAUGGCCGAGCGAAAGCGGUACGGAUUCACCGUAUAAGCUGUGGACCGAUAGCUUGAUUAGACACUCGAAGCUGUUGGUAGCCCUUGUCAACGGACCAGCAAUUGGAAUAGCUUGUACAACCUUGGGGCUUUGCGAUGUGGUGCUGGCUUCUGAUAAGGCCUACUUCUAUUGUCCUUUCACCAUGUUGGGCUUGAAUCCGGAAGGCUGCAGUAGCUAUACGUUUGUCCAGCUAAUGGGUCACACAAAGGCUGCACGUUUGAUUCUGUUAUCCGAGAAGAUGUCGGCUAAAGAAGCUUAUGAAGCCGGUCUUGUAUCUCAGGUGUUUUCUCAUGACACAUUCUCAAAGGAGUCUCAGAAGAUAGUGGACCAAUACAGCAAGCUCGCUAGACAGAGUCUUCUCGUAUCAAAGCGAUUGCUAAGGCCGGAAUCUCUCGUUGACAAACUUCUAACGAUUAAUCGGAAGGAAUGCGAGGUUCUCAUGAAGCAGUUCAGUUGUGAAGAAACUUUGGAGAGGAUGAUGUCGAAAUUUUCGUCCAAGAUAUAA